AUGUUUAGUUUUUCCGAUCAUAGUGACUUCUCUUCUCGCCGGUGUGUGUGGGUUAAUGGUCCGGUCAUCGUCGGGGCCGGACCAUCAGGCUUGGCAGUAGGUGCUUGCCUUAAAGAACAAGGGGUACCCUACGUGAUCCUCGAAAGAGCUGAUUGCAUAGCCUCUUUGUGGCAGAAACGCACUUAUGAUCGCCUAAAGCUUCACCUCCCCAAGCAAUUCUGCCAACUACCUAAGUUCCCAUUCCCUGAACACUUCCCCGAGUACCCCACAAAAAUACAGUUCAUAGAGUAUCUUGAAUCUUAUGCACAGCACUUUGGCAUCAACCCACAAUUCAACGAAUGUGUGCAGUCAGCUAAGUACGAUGAGGCCUGUCAGUUUUGGCGAGUUAAGACAGUUUCUACCACUGGUGAGGUCGAAUACCUCUGCCAAUGGCUUGUCGUGGCAACAGGAGAGAAUGCAGAGCGUGUGGUGCCAGAAAUUGAAGGAUUACAAGAAUUUGGAGGCCAAGUAAUCCAUGCCUGUGACUACAAGUCCGGUGAGAAAUUCCGUGGAAAGAAAGUUCUAGUUGUGGGAUGUGGGAAUUCAGGGAUGGAAGUCUCUCUUGAUCUUUGCAACCACGACGCCAAACCAUCAAUGGUGGUUCGUAGCUCGGUUCAUGUUUUGCCGAGGGAAAUCUUUGGGAAGUCAGCAUUCGAACUGGCCAUGUUUAUGAUGAAGUGGUUACCUCUCUGGCUGGUUGAUAGGCUUCUAUUGGUUCUGACAUGGUUCAUUCUCGGAAAUAUCGAGAACUAUGGGCUUAAAAGGCCAUCGGUUGGUCCAUUGGAGCUCAAGAACACUCAAGGAAAGACCCCUGUUCUAGACAUUGGGGCACUGGAAAAAAUUAGAUCCGGUGAAAUCAAUGUGGUUCCCGGAAUCAAGAGGUUCUGGUGUGGUAUGGUUGAGCUUGUUAAUGGCGAAAAGCUCAAGAUUGAUUCAGUAGUUUUGGCUACAGGAUAUCGCAGCAAUGUCCCUUACUGGCUACAGGAAACUGAGUUCUUUACUAAGAAUGGUCUCCCAAAGGCUCCAUUCCCUAAUGGGUGGAAAGGAAAGGCUGGCCUCUAUGCGGUUGGGUUCACAAAGAAAGGGCUAUCUGGUGCAUCUGCAGAUGCUACGAGAAUAUCACAAGAUAUUGGCAAGGUCUGGAAAGAGGAAUUAAAGCAGAAAAAGCAAAGAGUCCCUACACAUCGGCGAUGCAUUUCACAGUUCUGA